AUGGUGGGAAGAAGGGCACCUGGGCCGCCGAAGCUGCCCUCGAAGCAACUCGCAAUUCUUGCGAUAUGUAGAUUUGCAGAGCCGGUUGCUCUGACCUCUGUCUUUCCCUACCUGCCCGAGAUGAUAGAGAGCUUCGGCGUACCUAAGUCAGAAGUUGCUUGGUGGGCUGGAAUGACAUCCGCGGCAUUCUCCCUCUCGCAAUGUACCACGGCUGUGAUCUGGGGACGAGCUUCUGAUAGAUUCGGUCGCAAACGGAUAAUUCUGAUUGGACUAACGAUGACCAUGAUAUCGGUCCUAUUCUGGGGAAUGUCGACCAGCUUACCGAUGGCCAUCGUUGCAAGGUCGUUUGCAGGUGCAUGCAAUGGAAAUGUUGGCAUUAUCCGCACCAUGGUGGCAGAGAUGGUUCCCGAAAAGGAACUGCAACCGAGAGCAUUCUCGAUUAUGCCUCUCGUCUGGACUAUCGGCUCGAUCUUCGGUCCAUCAUUUGGGGGUUUCUUUGCUAACCCCGCCAAGAACUUCCCGGGCCUGUUUGGGAACAACCGAUUCCUGACCAAGUUCCCCUUUGCCCUGCCAAACUUGGUCGCGAGCUGUCUAUUCAUGAUUGGAAUCGUCACUGGCAUUUUGUAUCUGAAGGAAACCCUCGAAACAAAACGUGACCAGAAGGAUUACGGACGGGCCUUGGGAAAGAAAGUCAACGCGUCCAUCAGAGCAGUACUCUGCCUCCGUCGAGCCCCCAAGCCUUACCGCCGCCUCUCAGCAAGCUAUGAUGAGUCCACCGCCUCUCUCCUCAGACCUUCGUCAUCAGCAGGCUCUGAGUCGUCUCGCUUCAACUCGUUCAAGACCAACAACAAACCCCCGGCCCCUCGUCCAACCCUCUACGAAGUGUUUACCCGUCAGUCGGUCAUCAACCUGAUCGCCUACACCUUCCUAGCGCUGCAUUCGGUCGCCUACGACCAACUCCUCCCCGUAUUCCUGCACACCCCUCGCCAGAGCCCGGACUCCUCCGAUAUCCACCUCCCCUUCAAAUUCGCCGGCGGUUUUGGCCUCGGAUCCAGCCGGAUCGGCACCCUGUUCACCAUGUACGGCAUCGUCGGCUGCUUCAUCCAGUUCCUCGUCUUCCCACCCACCGCUCGCAAACUAGGAGUCCUCAACUGCUUCAAGUGCUGUGCCGUCACCUUCCCCAUCGUCUGUCUCCUCACGCCCUACACGGCCCUCAUCCAGAACCCUACUACGCAGCAGGCGGCCAUCUUCGGCGUCUUGAUCAUUAAAUCAUUUGCAGUCAUCUUCGCCUUCCCGUGCUCCAUCAUCUUGCUUACGAAUUCCGCUGUCAGCCUGCGGAUCCUUGGUACGCUGAACGGUAUCGCGGUCUCAGUGAGUGCGGUGGGGCGAGCCAUCGGGCCGGCGAUGGGCGGUGCAGCGUUUACGUGGGGCUUGGAGAAGGGCUAUGUUGUUACCCCGUACUUCCUGCUCGCUCUCGUCUCGGUCAUUGGAGCCGUUCCGAUCUGGUACCUGGUUGAGAUGCCUGGGUUCAACAAGGCGGAUGAUGGGAGCGACAGUGAGGAAGACGACGACGAGGAGGAGGAGGCUGUGCUACCGACCGUUGAGGAGGAUAUUGACGGCGAGAUUCUCGAGGGGGAUGAGCUUGUUGCUGAAGAGGAUCUUUUGGACGCUGUCUCGGGACCGUCGCUGAGCGGGACGAUGAGGUCGAGGGAGAGCUUGAGGGCGCCGAGCAGGAGUGGUACGCUUGAAGAUCGGUUUGAGAGGAGGAUGAGCAGUCCGAUUGGCAUCCGUGGGGGGAGCGUCGGGCCUGGAGGGAGGAAGCUGAGCAAUGGCUUGGCCGCCAGCAAUGUGGGCGCGGGCACUGGGGGAACGAGUUUUACGUAG